AUGCCCAAAGCAAUAGCCAUCCGCAAGGUAGAAGGGAAACCAGGCAAAGUCUACUAUCCUCUCGACCUCAUCAACCUCCCCGAUCCCGCGCCCAAAGAAAAUGAAGUCGUUGUCCGCAUGACCGGCGCGGCUCUCAACCACCGUGAUCUCUUCCUCCGUCAGCAUUUAUACCCUGGCAUCACGUUCGGCGUCCCAUUGCUUGCAGACGGCUGCGGUGUCGUUGCUUCCGCGGGCUCGAAAGCAAAGCAAUGGGUUGGAAAGAGAGUCAUCCUUAACCCCGGGACAGGAUGGAGAGACGAUCUCGAGGGGCCUGAGUCGCCGAAAGGUUAUGCGAUUCUGGGAGGGACAAAGAUGAACCCGCUCGGUACGCUGGGUGAGACUGUGACGAUCGAUGCCGCAGAGCUGGAAGAGGCGCCAACGCAUUUGUCGAGUGUCGAGGCUGCGGCACUGCCAUUGACCGGCUUGACGGCGUGGAGGGCGACGAUGGUGAAGUCGGGGAAUGCGAAGCCUGGGCGGAACAUUCUGAUCACUGGCAUUGGUGGUGGUGUGGCUAUUAUGGCGCUCUUGUUUGCUGUUGCCGCAGGAGCGAAUGUGUAUGUUACGAGCGGCGACGCGGAGAAGAUUAAGAAGGCGAAAGAUCUCGGCGCGAAGGGUGGCGUGAACUACAAGGAGAAGGACUGGGACAAGCAGUUGAGGGAGAUGCUGCCGAAGGACCGGAAGCAGCUGGACGCGAUCAUCGAUGGAGCCGGGAGCGACAUUGUUGAUAAGGGGUCGAAAAUGCUGAAGGCCGGCGGCGUGAUCUCGAUCUACGGCAUGACCGUGUCUCCCAAGAUGCCUUUCCUGAUGAGUGCGGUGUUGAAGAACAUCGAAGUACGAGGCUCGACCAUGGGCUCGAGGAAAGAGUUUGCGGAUAUGGUGAAGUUCGUGGAGCAAAAGAACCUGAAGCCUGUCAUCUCGCGGUCCGUGAGUGGCAUUGACAACCUCGACGGCAUCAAUGGCUUGUUCGAGGACAUGAAGAACUCGAGCCAGUUCGGAAAGCUGGUCAUCGAGAUUGCAAAGGAUAAUGAUGUUAAGAGCAAGUUGUAG